AUGGGCACCGUGCUGAGCUUCAGCCCGCGCGAGCGGCGCCCGCCCGCCGCCGCGCCGCCGCCCGACCGCGCCGCGCUCGCCUACUCCUACGAGCGGCUCAACAACGCCAAGAACCGCGAGAACCGCGACCUGCCGCGCGACGAGCGCCGCGCCACCCUCGACGACGCCGCCAAGAUCAUCUCCGAGAAGACGGCGCUCGAGAAGAACCUGAAGAAGCACUCGCUGUUCAUAAACGCGCUCUCGUGGAAGAGGUUUUCGACGGCGAACAACAACAAAAAGAAGUUAGAAUGCAAGAGCAAGAGCGUGGCGACGUUCCGGGCGCCGUUGACGGACAACGCGCCGCUGGACCGGAACAAGAACGUGAGCGCGCAGGGUGCGGUGUACGCGCGGCCGACGCCGGUGCCCGCGCCGCUGCCGCCGCCGGACGCGCUGCGGGCCAACGCGCUCAACAACAACGUGUGCUACUCGGAGAAGCUACCGACGAGCGUGGUGGGGCCGGCGGUGGCGCCGCGCAAGACCGUCAUCCAGGCGUCCACGUCUGAGCUGCUGAAGUGCCUGGGCAUGUUCCUGCACGCGCGGUGCCACCGGCUGCGCGACUUCCAGGCGGGUGACGCGGUCAUGUGGCUGCGGACGGUGGACCGCUCGCUGCUGCUGCAGGGCUGGCAGGACGUGGCGUUCAUCAACCCGGCGAACGUCGUGUUCGUGUACAUGCUGGUCCGCGAGCUGGUCGACGGCGAACGCAUUGCGCGGCCCCAAGACCUGCAGGCGGUAGUACUCACCUGUCUCUACCUCUCCUACUCAUACAUGGGCAACGAGAUAUCCUACCCCCUCAAGCCGUUCCUCGUCGAAGACUCCAAAGACAAGUUCUGGGACCGCUGUCUGCUCAUCGUCGACCGCCUCUCCUUCAACAUGCUCCGAAUCAACUCCGAACCAGGAUUCUUCACAGAAGUGUUCACUGAAUUGAAAGCGUGCGGGGUCAUUGACAGCCCGCCGCCUGCGCCCGCGCACCCCGCCCCCGCGCCUCCCCUCGCCCUCUCCGCCGCCUGACACACGGAGGUCGCCGUCCUCCGGUUAGCCCUCACCGACCGCCCAAGCCGGGUCUGAUGUCGGCUUAUCAUGACUGCAGUACUUGAUCAAUCGUCAAUGUUCUAAAGCCUGGUUCAUAAGCACGUAGAAUUUUGUCCAAUGACCCCAAGCUACCCAUCCUUAUCGCUCGCGCGUAAUUAUGUUGAUGUCGCGCUCGCACACUCACUGCGGGCGCCCGUCGCACAGUCGCGACAGCAAUAUAAUUAGGCGCGAGCGAUAAGGAUGGGUAGCUUAGGGUCAUUGGACCAAAUUCUAGGUGCUCACGGACCAGAGCCUAGUGGUCGUCUAACCUCAACGAAUGUGGGACAGCAAUAAGUAGGUGUACAGCUGUUUUUGGAGGGGUUCCAAAAAUUUGGGUAGAGGUUAAAUUGGAUUUCCUUUUUAGUGUUAGAUGAUUACAGAAUCGUUAAAUCUUCCAUAGAUGAGGCCUUAAGCGUUCCGAAAUUAAUACUCAGAGCUAUUUUAGAUUUAAAACCUAACAUCCGAUUAGUAAAAUUACUAGAGCGCUGUUCAAAAACGGAUGCUUAGGGAUGCGAGUUUUGAAAUUAAGUAGUCAUUUAUCAUUAAUUAAUCUAUCAAUUCCUAUUUACUUCUGCCAGCUUGAUACCUAUUACGCUGGUGCCUACUUUAGAGACGAAUAAAUUAGAAAUUAAACCAAUUUGCUCAAUGACCAUCAAUUAAUUAACGAUCACUAACUUGAUGAUUGACCAAGAACUGUGUAGUCAGAAGGAGAUGCAAAAUACCUUUGCAGAGACGACGCUGUACCAAAAGGGGGACGGUCCAGCGAUCCAGAUGCAGAUUGCAUUCCGUUCAAUAUUAGAUAGGACGCGAUAAGACGAGGAAUUCCAUUAGUAGUUCAGUUGAUAUUUGAUAUUCAGCCCUAAAAUACGUUUCAUAGUGAUACGAAAAGGUCUAGUUUGAGAACUUUUGGAAAUUGUCGAGUAGGACGUCAUUCGCUACCUCUCGCCGGUGGGUGGUGGUGUAAAGGUGGCCUAAAAGCGCCACAUUAUAGUUAUCUUAUAAGUUAAUCGUGAUUGUUUAAAUGAAUUGGUAAAUUAAUGAGGUAAAGAAGUGGUUAGCGCCGCAGGAAAAACAUGUUUUCCACUCUAAAUGAGGUGAAGUCGAAGCAAAUGCACUUAAAAUGUAUUUAUAAGUUGACAUUUGUUUUUAGGCUGUAAGUGGGGAAACGAUGGGGGCCCGUUCCCAUAGCAGUUCAGUAAGCAGUUUCCUGGAAAUCUUAUAGAUUUCACACGUCGUCAUUUGCUUGAUUUUCAGGUGAUACUGAGAUAAUUUUCACGAAUUCAGAUGCAAUUAAGAUAAACAUACUCAUUAUUGCCACCGGCAACAGUGUAAUCAAUUAAAUAUUUUUGGAAAAACUCAAUUGAGUAAAUGAAAUUAAGAGUUAAAUUAUAAUGAAUAAACGAUUUUCUUCUGUCCGUAAAAAAACAUGAAGGAUCUUAUUCGUAAACAAUAACUGAAUUUCAGCCUUUGACGUCCGUGAAACAUUUCCAUGUGUGAAUUUUAUAGGAUUCUGCAAUAUCCUGUAAAAUCACUACUGAAUUACCUGUACUGCUGUGGGAACGUAGCGGGUGUUAGGUAUGUUUAGGAAAUGGUUACUUGAUGUGGCGCCUAUAGAGCCAAGAUGGCGGAGUGCAUCUUACGCCGCGGUACACCCGAGGUAUCGCGUGGUUAGUUCACGUUGCACUUUUGUGUCUGUCAUGUUGUAGGUUGUCAGGUUUCUUUCGUGCUGUGACGACGGAUCUUAGUCCAAUAGACAGCGGUUAGUUAGUAAUUAAGAGUUUCGUAAUGUAGUGAAAUGAUCGUAUUGCCAUAUAGUUAGAUGAUUAGCAAAAUGUCUGGCAGGCGGGAGGGUGCAAUAAGAAAGGGAUAUCUUAAAUAUAUUUAAUCCGGUGAGCCCUUCGAUGGAAGUGUACGUAAUAUGGCCGGCUCUAAGUCCGGGAUUGUUCGACGCAGUAUAAUAAUAACAAAUAGGACAAAUUUUGCGAAUGAAUAAGCGUUUUGUACAGUAAUAUGGGAUAAAUAUUACAUUUUAAGUCUAUAGCAUAGUUUAGAGAAAUGGAUUGGUCGGCGCUCGGGCAGGAUGGUUUCAAAGCCCCAUAGUUUGUUUUGGCGUUUGAAAAAGCCGUAGGCACAUUUAUUUAGUUAACAAAUGGUGUCUUCUUUUAACGCGUUUUCUCAACUUAUGGAUUCAACUGCGACAUGCGCAAGUGGCGUAGGUAUUAAUUAUUCAGAGCUAUUUAGGUACUCUUAAUGGGAAUCGUUAAUCCCUUAAAGUCACGCGUGCGCCUUCUGUCUAGUCAAUUCCUGUAGUUAAUAUGUAAUUACCUACUUGAAUCUUUAGGCUCUACUAAGCAGAAAUACUUGAAAGUGAAACUAACAACUAGUUUCACUAUAAGGGUAGGGUAUAAUACAAAGGUAAUUUCAAUAACAAAAGGAGCAAUAUUAUUUGGUACCUCAUUCUUUCAAUAACUUUGACUCUACUCGUAUGUUUCACUUCUAGUUAUUCUUUUUUAAAGAUGUAAUAUUUUCAGGAAUUUUUUGUCUAGUUUGGCUUCGAAAAGUGAUUAUCGGCUUGAAACCGAGUGCCAUAGCGAUGUGAACUGUUAGUCAAGUGUAUAGCUCGCGCUAAUAGACUGGAUUUUGGUGUAAGUUGUGUUAAUAACUGACUGAAACAGAAGCAAAACUGUUUCACAUUAUUUCACUUAGCUAUCAAAUUACUAGGGCUAUAACUUUCGGUGUCAUAUGACAACAGCACGUCAUGCUACACAUUGGCAUUUUACGUCGUUGUAUUAAGGCUUAUUUUGCAAUAAAAAUGUAUAGUCUGAUGUGCUGUUGAUUCUACAUGUUGACAUUUGCUCUGUAAAAUUAUCCACCGAAGUCUAUUGGUGCGGACUAUUAGUAUUUAUUGAUAUAAAAGGAAUCUCACUAUAAGUUCCAGUCAUUUACGGUUAGGUAAUGUAGUUGUCUGUGAUGUUUAUAACUUAUUAUUAGUUUUCGUUUGUGAUACACACUAUUUUUGUUAUUUAUUUUUCUCAGUGAUUGUUGUAAGUAAGUCGUAAUUAAGGUGGUAAUGGUAAGGCGAUAAAUUCAAAUCUAAAGUUUGUUUCAAUUUAGAUAAAACCAUUUUGAUGCCGUCUGUUUGUAACUAGAAACUUCUAAAUUGUGCAUUUGGAUUUUCGACCACUGGUAGAUCGCUUAUUGCAAGUUUGUUCAAUAAAUUGUUGCUUUUACAUAUUUUUUGGUCUUGCUACGGUUAGUUUUGACUUUGUUAUUAUUUUUUAUACAAUUAAGUUUAUAUUUAACUUAUUUAUAACAGGCUUACAUUCCAAUACUGAAUUACAGUAAAAUUAAGUCCGAUCCUAAAGAUCUCUGAUAUUUAGUGUAUUUGAUAUUGAGUGUGAAUGUGCAUUACGAGGUACUCAGGUACUACUUCUAACAUUAUUCAUGUAACUCACGUUUGUUAAUUAAUCUAUUGUAAAUAUACCCAAUUAUUUAAAAAAAACUUUCGUAUAUACAA